AUGAGGACGGUUCGGUUGUGCUUGUGCCUGGCUCUGCUGCUGCCUUGCGGGGUCCACGGUCAAAGGAGCAGCCCUGCUUUUGCUGAAGUCAACAAAGACACAAGCAAGGGCACGAUGGCCAUCGACACAGUGAACCGAGGCAGUGUGUUGAACUCGUUACUACAAUCUGAGUACAUGCUUCCCCGUCCGGUGCGAGCCCCUCGUCUGGUGGUCCAGGUGCCCAAGAGAGCCCAGCCAGGGUCCCGCUUUGCUUUGUCCCUUGACGUCCCUACCAGCAUUCUCAGUGUCCUCAUAGACCUGGCCAAGAACCAGGACAUGAAGACCAAGGCAGCAGCCAAUGCAGAACUUAUGGCGCGGAUUGGCAAGCGGAAAUAG